AUGAGCGCCACCAACUGUAAAUACUUCUUCCAAGUCUUCGUGAGACACCACCCCCUGCUGGCGCGAGUCAAAUCAAAGUUCACCAUCGAGGACGUGGAGGUGGAGACCAACGGCGGGAAAGACGUGUUCCGGCUGUACUGCAGCGGCUCCCGCGGGCCGGUGCUCCUGCUGCUCCACGGAGGAGGCCACUCCGCGCUGUCCUGGGCCGUCUUCACCGCGGUGAUUUGUGGCCGGAUCAACUGCAGGGUCGUUGCCAUGGAUCUGCGAGGUCACGGAGACACCAAGGUGCAGGACUCUGAAGACCUGUCCGCUGAGACCAUGGCCAGUGACAUCAGUAAGGUGGUGGAGGUUCUGUACGGGGAUGCCCCGCCCCCCAUCCUGAUGAUUGGACACAGCAUGGGCGGGGCUAUCGCCGUCCACGCGGCCGCAGCCAAUCACAUCCCGUCCCUGCUGGGCCUGUGUGUCAUCGACGUGGUGGAAGGCACCGCGAUGGAGGCCCUCAACAGCAUGCAGAGCUUUCUGCGGAGCCGUCCGAAGACCUUCAAGUCCUUGGAGAACGCCAUUGAGUGGAGUGUGAAGAGCGGACAGAUCCGGAACAUCGAGUCAGCCCGCGUAUCCAUGGGGGGUCAGGUGAAGAAGCAGGAGGAGCAAGGCAGGAGGGCGGGGGAGACCAACACCAUCGGAGGGGGGAUCCUGGAGGAGGAAGAGGAGGAGGAAGAGCAGGAGGGCGAGGAACAAUCCAAUAGCAAGCGGUUGAAGGAGGAAGAACAAGAGAGACAGCGCAGCAGUGUGUUUGAGUGGCGGGUGGAUCUCUCCAGGACUGAGCGGUUCUGGACCGGUUGGUUCAGAGGUCUGUCAGCCCUCUUCCUCUCCUGCACCUCCCCCAAGCUCCUCCUCCUCGCAGGAGUGGACCGGCUGGACAAAGACCUGACCAUCGGACAGAUGCAAGGGAAGUUCCAGCUCCAGGUCCUCCCUCAGUGUGGACACGCCGUCCACGAAGACGCCCCAGACAAGGUAGCAGAUGCCAUCGCUUCAUUCAUGGUCCGGCACAAAUUCACUGACUUUAAGGAAGGCUUCCUAUGCUAAUUCCUAACGGCACGACUUGGGAGCCGUGGGAAGAAUCGUGACUUCACGUUUGAUUUGAUAUGAUGAGACAUGAGCUGUGAUAUCAUCUAUUACUGUCAUGGUUCAUCAUAUAGUAGUUUGAUACGCUAUGGGGAGAAAUGAGAUGUUAUAUAAUGUAUUACUGUCAUGGUUCAUCAUAUAGUAGUUUGAUACGCUAUGAUGCGAUAUGAACUGUAAUAUAAUGUAUUACUGUCAUGUCUUCACAAUGUAGACUAAAUGUUUAUUUCUUUAUGAGCACUGAGGUUUCUGCCUGCCUUUUUCCGAUGUAUUUUUGUUAAUUUUGAUUUCAUGUCUCUUCUGGGUUGAUUGUCUUAUUUUUUCGUAUUUAUGAUCUUGACUUGGAAGAGUGAGAAUAAAUGAAUGGAAAUAGAAAAUUAA